GGCCAAGUCGAGGACCAUACCAUUCGCGGUUGGCUUGUCGUUGGCUUGUCGUCUCGACAUGUUCAUGUAGUCUAUUAGUUGCACAGUGAUCAUCUAUCAUGAGCCAAGAACUAAAGAAGCAGCUGAAAGGGGGAGGCAAGGUAGUCAAGAAAUUCUACAAAACAGUAUCGGGUGAAGCUUCCUCCUUGAGCAAGGAAGCCUAUAAAACUGCCGCCAAGGGCACUUCGAAAGGGUUGCACAAACUGGAAGAUGCUGCCAAGGCAACGGGAAAAGCUGCCAAGGCCACGGGUAAAAAGAUUGCAAAGCCCAUUGAAUCUUUGACUGGAAGCGGCAAAAAGAGAAAGAAAGCCAACAAGAGACAGAGUGCCCUACGAAGCAGUAUUCUAGAGUUACACGCGUUGGAGGAUGAAGUACCAACCGAGUUUCCUCCCGUCGAACCCGACGAUGUCUUGCCCAAAAUGGACCUGAUCUUGCGAAAGCGCAUUACGGGAAUCACCAUUGAAGACUUUUUUGAUCUCAUUUGGAGGGAUACUGCUGUGGAGGAGCAGGACAACAAGGAAUCCUUCUACAAAUCAUGGUUGGCCGAGAGUGGCAAGAAUGAGAUCAACGUCCCGACUUGGGAAGUGGCAGAAGGAGGAUCCGAUUCCCCCUUUGCCUUUGCCAGCCUCUGGGAUAAAGAUGAUACCAGAUAUGGACUACGACGAACCGUGGACUUUACGUUUACCAGGACAACUCACCUCUACACAGGACCCCCCAUUAACAAAGUCAAGCAACGUCACUAUGGCAAAGUCUCUGGGCCAGAGCGCUGUAUCCUGCACAUGCAGAUCGAAAUGGAAGGCAUUCCAUUUGCUAAAUGUUUCAAUGUGCAAAUCCGGUGGGUCGUCACAAGGGUCGGAGGGACGCCCACUGCUCCGAUCUUGGAGAUCCGCAUUGGUCUCUACGUCAAUUUUGUGGAGCAAACUAUUGUGGCAUCCAAGAUUCGUUCAGGAACUACCGAAGAAACCACCAAGGCACAAAAGAGCUUGCUUCAAUCUGUUGUCCAAAAGUGCAGCGAAUACAUUGUUGCCCAUGGCGGCAAGGACAUGGUCCUGGCAGGAGUCAUGGAGGACGAGUCGGACAACGAUGAUGUUCUGCUACUAGAAAGAGACAAGGAGAAUCAGGAUGGAGUGUGCUGUUUUGGAGGCCCGUUCCUAGAUUUCUUCCGAGACAUUUUCCCACCCAAAGAGAAUUUAGCCGAAGGAACUGAUGAUGAUACCGAUGAUGAGCCACGUCGCGAUGACGCCGUAACUCGAAAGGCUCGCUCCUUGCAAAAGCAACUACAGGAUAUCGUUGAUGCGUGGGGAGAUCCGUUGCUGGUGGACGCGGACGCGCAAGUACAAGCCAAAGUCGAGUCGGAACUUACGGAUGUGCAGGCCGCCUUGGGUAACAUUGAGAAGUACCUGAUAGAGCAGAGACGCGAUGACUAGAGUGAACAAGCGUACUACUAGAGCUGCAAUGGUUAACUAAAAGCCAUUAUUUUAGAAACAUUACAAAAAAAGGGCAAGAAAAGAG